CCAAAACCAAAACUUCGAGGAGAUUGUCUGUAAUCUCAAACUUGUGCUUGAGACUCUCAUCGACAUGUCACGACCUGGUCCUACAAAUACAGGAGUAAAACCUCAACCUGCCAGUUCAACAAUAACCACGAAAUUAUUUUCCAACACACGACUCAUCUUUGCCCUCUCUGGCCUCCUACGCGCCUCUCUACUCCUCUGGGGCGAAUAUCAAGAUGCAAACUCACCUCUAAAAUAUACUGAUAUCGACUAUCUAGUCUUUACAGAUGCAGCUCGCUAUAUUUACAAGGGUAAAUCUCCCUACCUCCGGGACACCUAUCGCUAUACACCUCUACUAGCCUGGCUGCUCUACCCAACAGCAUGGGGAAACCGCUGGUUCUGUUUCGGAAAACUGGUUUUCGCAAUGGGAGACUUGGUAACUGGAUAUCUGAUCUUCCUCUUGCUCAAGAAAAGAGGCAUGCAAGAGGGAAAGGCUGUAGCGUUUGCGAGUAUUUGGCUACUGAAUCCUAUGGUUGCGAAUAUCAGUACGAGGGGCAGUUCGGAGGGAUUGUUGGCUGUUAUUGUGGUGGGCAUGUUGUGGGCCGUUGAGGAGGGAUAUACCAUUUUGGCUGGGUGUCUUCUGGGCUUGGGUGUGCAUUUUAAAAUCUACCCGUUUAUUUAUGCGGCGAGUAUGGUUCGGUGGUUGGAUAGGAGUGAGGUUGGUUCGUGGGAUGGAAGAGGUGGGUGGUUCGGUGGUUUGGUGAAUCGAGGCAGAGUUCGUUUGGCUCUGUUCAGCUUCAUUACUUUCAGUGGGUUGAACUUGUUGAUGGUCAAGCUAUAUGGCAUCGAGUUCCUUCGGCACAGCUACACCUACCAUCUCACUCGCAUCGAUCAUCGCCACAACUUUUCCGUCUACAACACGUUGCUUCAUAUGAAGUCUGCUUUGGGCUCGUCUUCAGGCUUGGGCAUCGAGUCUCUGGCUUUCUUACCACAGCUUUUCUUGUCCGUGGUUGCCAUUCCUCUGCUUUUGGCCAAGAAGGAUUUGGCAAGCACGAUGCUGGCCCAAACAUUCGCUUUCGUCACAUUCAACAAGGUGUGCACAAGUCAGUACUUCUUGUGGUACAUGGUCUUCCUCCCAUUCUACCUUCCGACCUCCUCGCUUCUUCGUCGACCCAAGCUGGGAUACACAGCUCUUGCCCUGUGGGUGGUUGGUCAGGCUCUGUGGCUCCAGCAAGGCUACCAGCUAGAAUUCCUCGGCCACUCGACAUUCGUCCCAGGACUCUGGUUCGCCAGCAUGGCCUUCUUCGGCAUAAACUGCUGGCUGCUUGGUAUCGUCGUUUCCGACAUCAACAAGCUACCUCCCAGCACCCCUGCCAUCCUAGACAGAAAGAUGCAAUAGCGAUAGCUGUAUAUAGACCAUUGUUUUCUCGCUCAAAAAGCAGUCUCUCUUUCAU